AUGGCUCUCAGCUUCUUGAGUGGUGGCGGGAGCGCCAGCAACGCCAAGUACUUCGAUAUUCGGCUGAAUGAUGACUAUAUUGUUUUUCGGGGCAGUGAACAUGAAGCUGCCAGUGCGCUGUUGAAGGGCACAUUGGUGCUCUGCUUAUCGGAGCCGCUUGCGAUCAAACACCUUCGGCUCGAGCUGACGGGCAUGUCUCGGGUUUGCUGGCACCUUCCCUCCACUGCCGCGGGCGGCGGCCGCAAGUCGUGGCGGGAGCGAGUCUUCUACGAUAAGACAUGGCGGUUCCGUGACCCUGGCAAGGGCAAGACUGAAGUCCUGGCUGCGGGAAAUUACGAGUACCCAUUUGAGGUGGUGCUGAACGGGUCGAUGCCCGAGAGCGUCGAGGGGCUGCACGAGACGUGGGUGAUGUACCGCUUCAAAGCCGAGAUCGGACGAAAGUACGCCAAAGACAUCGUGGCUCGGAAACCGCUGCGAAUUAUUCGCACGCUCGAUCCCAGUGCUCUGGAGCUGUCACAUGCGAUGUCGGUCGACAAUAUCUGGCCGAACAAGAUUGAAUACUCGAUCAGCACCCCCACUAAAGCCGUCAUCUUUGGUACCUCCCUUCGAGUCGACUUCAAAUUGAUUCCUCUCCUCAAAGGCCUUCGGAUCGGCCAAAUUACGUCCCAGCUGAUCGAAAGCCACGAUCUAACCCUGAAUCCCGAGGACCACGAUUCCAUCCGCAAUACCUACAAGAUUACGCGAACUAUCCUGACGGACGAUCAUGACCUCAACGCGGAUAACGUUCAGAUCAUUGAUGAAGUGGCCGAAGGCUACGAGUUCACGCGUCAUCUUGAUAUGCCGCGGACCUUGACCCGCUGCCUGCAGGACACAGACACCAAGGGCAUUAAAAUCCGUCACAAAUUGAAGUUCCGCAUCCAGCUGCACAACCCAGAUGGCCACAUCAGUGAGCUGCGCGCCACGCUCCCGGUCUCUAUCUUCAUUUCACCACAUAUCGCCAUUGACGAAAAUAAUAAUUUGACGGGCCAGAUGCCAGAGUCGACCCAGAGAGCCGCCGAUGAGCUGGCCCAGCAAGCCCCGCCUCUGUACGGCGAGCACCAGUUCGACCAGCUCUACAGCGAGCUUGACCCCAACGGUUAUCGCACCCCCGGACCCGGCAGUGGACCUGGAACGCCCUUCGGCACACUCAGCCGCAAUCUCUCAUCGGAGAACCUCGCCUCGAUGAAUGCCCUGACCAACACCGACAUUUCGGCAUCCGUGCUGCACAGCCGCCUGACGAAUCUAAGCGCAACCCCGAUGACCCCGAUCGGGCAUCCAUCGCCCAAUGAACCCGCACACGAAUCUCCUCCCGAGGGACAAACCAACAACCGCCAGCUGGGCGUGCCUGAUUACUUUGGCCCGACAUCCGGGUCCAACUCACACAGCCACGGCAGUCCGGAACUGUCCCGCAGAGCGUCCGACGAAGUUGAACACGAUGUCAUUUCCUCGGGCAUGGCGACCCCCUUCCAUCCGCAGUAUGCCGAGGUGGAGACUCUGAGCCGGGUGCCCAGCUACUCGACCGCCGUCCGGACCACCGUGCGCCCGUAUCAUGACGCAGGUCUGCCUGACUAUAAUGCCGUGAUGGCCAGCAGCAUGCCCACGCUGUCGAUUCCCCAGUCCCCGCAACAGGCCUACCUCCGCAGUGGCCGGACCAGUGGGGUGACGACUCCUCUAGAGGUGCAGAAUCGCUCUGGCUAUUUCAAUUCGCAUGGCUCCAGUGCUGAUGAUGAGGACCGCAGGCUACGUCUCGCGCAAGCUAGAGCUAGAGUGUAA